GUGCUCAGCGACUCCAUCCGCAUCACGGCGCACGCCGCCAUCCCGGUGCUGUCGUUCAUCACGGCCCCCGAGGAGGCCGCCUCGGAGCUCGCCGAGGCGGAGGACGCCGCCGCGCCCCCCGGCGGGCGGUGGCGACGGGGUGGAGGAAAGCCACCACGGCAGAACACGCGGCAACCUGCAGACCUGGUGAGGAAGGAACACAUGAAAACGGUGGCAAAGUUAUUGGUGGUGUUGACGCGCCUAACGCUCACGAGCGCGGCCGAGUUGAGGGAGAUCACAGGCAUGCUGCGGCGCACGGUGUUGUGA